AUGGCUACAGGUGGAAAUAUUGACCCACAACAGUAUACACGUGUAUCGGAUAUUGUUAAUGAACCGCAACAGAUGCUCAUGCCAAUUGAAGGAUACGAAGAAAUGUCAAUAGUACCAUUGAAAGAAGCUGUUGUACCACUUGUUUCAAUUUUACCAAGAAUUCAAAAUUAUGCUUAUGUGGCGAAACAACGAUGUCAAUCCGUACCUCCCGAUGGUUUAACACAAGAUGAAUCAGCAUCAAUCAUGCUUUACUCAAUGGAAUGGGAACCACAUGCAAAAUGUUUAUAUUUUGCUCUUAAUGCAGCUCUUCGCACGGAAGACAGACGAAAAUUAAAACCAUGGUUCUCGUAUUUGAAACUUAUUCUUACAGCACUCGAAAAACUACCAUCCACAGGAUGCAAUGUGUUUCGCGGAGUGAAUUUAGAUUUAAGUGAACAAUAUACUGAAGGAAAAACAUUUGUCUGGUGGGGAUUUUCUUCAUGUACAACAUCGAUGGGAAUACUUGAAAAUGAACAAUUUUUAGGCAAAACUGGUCAAAGAACACUGUUUACUAUCGAAUGUGAUAGUGGGAAAGAUAUUAGUCGUCAUUCAUAUUAUCAAAAGGAAAAAGAAAUUCUUCUUCUACCUGCUCGACAAUUUAGUGUAGUAUCUUGUCUUAAACCAGCACCAGGUCUUCAUAUGAUUCAAUUAAAAGAAACAAAACCUCUAAUUACUCUUUUACAACCACACAAAGACUAUAUUAAACAAUCCGAUAACAACUCAAUAUCAAAUAAAACAAAUCCUUGUGGGAUCUUUAUUGAUAAUGAUAAAUCAAUUUAUAUCGCUGAUUAUGGGAAUCAUCGUAUUGUUAAAUGGAAAUUGAAUGCAAAUACUGGUCAAAUAAUUCCUGGUGGAAAUGGACAAGGAAACCAAAAUAAUCGAUUGAAUGAUCCAACAGAUAUAAUUCUUGAUAAAAAAAACAAUUCUUUGAUUAUUUCUGAUUGUAGAAACAAACGAGUAAUUCGAUAUUUUGAUCAAAAUCAAACAAAUCAACAAAUUAUUAUUUCAAAUAUUAAUUGUGAGGGUUUGACAAUCGAUAAAAAUGGAUUUAUUUAUGCUUCUGAUCGUGAGAAAAAUGAAGUAAGACGAUGGAAACAAGGAGAUAAAAAAAGUGUAUUAGUUGCAGGUGGUAAUGGUAAAGGAAAUAAUCUUAAUCAACUUCAUAAUCCUCGUUAUAUCUUUAUUGAUAAAGAUUAUUCUCUUUAUAUAUCGGAUGGUGAGAAUCAUCGUGUAAUGAAAUGGAAAAAAGAUGCAAAAGAAGGAAUUAUUGUUGCUAGUGGAAAUGGUCAAGGAAGUAGUCUCAAACAACUGUCUGCUCCUUAUGGAGUGGUUGUUGAUCAUUUGGGUCAAAUCUAUGUGGUAGAUGAAAUAAAUAAUCGAGUAAUGCGUUGGUGUGAAGGAGAUAAAGAAGGUGAAAUUGUUGUUGGGGGGAAUGGUCAAGGAAAUCAAUCAAAUCAAUUGAACUGUCCCUAUGGUUUAUCAUUUGAUAAUGAAGAAAAUCUUUAUGUUGUUGAUAGAAAUAAUUGUCGAAUCCAAAAAUAUGAAAAAAUUAUAAAUUAA